AUGGUAUCCGAAUCCUCUAGCAUCUCAAUCACUUCACAAGAUCAUGGUGAUUCUUUCAAUAUCAUAAAAGUGGUGAAUGAAAAGGAGAAGGAGAAUGAACAAGAUCAAUCCUCAAACUCCGAUUCAAAGGCAUCUAUUGAUUUCAUGAAGCUAUUGAAAGAAGAUUUGGUUGACGGAUCAAAGGUGCAAGAGCACAAUUAUUUUAACCCUAUUCAAGUUGGUUCAUCGUCUAUUCCUCCUAAUACUGACAACGAAAAGAAAGACGAGAAAAUCACUGAAGAGAAGAAUUCGGAGUCAAAGACAUCUUAUUCAUGCAGUUUUUGCCAAAGAAAAUUUUCUACUUUACAAGCGCUAGGAGGACAUCAGAAUGCCCAUAAGGCAGAACGCGCUUUAAAAAAACAACGUGAACAAAGGUACGACAACGAUGUUUUAGGUUCAGGGCAAACUCACUUGAACCAUUAUUUUCGUUACCCUAGUCCUCUUUUGUCACCUUAUGGAUCACUUGGGGUUAGAAUGGAGUCAAUGAUUCAAAAACCAUCAUUUUUUAGCCCUAGGAUUUCAUCAAAUAAUUUUGCUUCUAGUCACUAUGGUUUGUGUUUGCCCGAGGCAUUAAACCCUUCUCUUUUUAGUUUGAGAAACAACAUGGAAGGUAGUAGCAGGGUUGGAAUUCUAGGUCUUGGUGAUGCAACUUCUUCUAGGGUUGAAAAUGGUGUAAAUAAUAAAAUUAGUACUUUUCUAAAAUUUGGAGAUUCUUCUAAAGAUAUUGCGAGAAGUUCAAACUCAAUCGUAGACAACAAUUUUUGUGUGGCUCCGGCUUCUAUCAAAGAUAACAUUCAUCAACCAAAGUUCAACAUUGAAGAAGAAACUUCUGAUGAAUCUUCUGAGCUUGAUUUGACACUUAAGCUUUGA